CUGUGGUGAUGAGUGAGAGGGGAGAGACUACUCAGUGCUCUCUUUGUGGUGAGACAUUUCCUGGGUCAUCCUCACUUCCAGCUUCUCUGAUCCAGGAGGAAAGUCUCUGGGCCAGGAUUUGGAGACCUUAGCUGGCUACCUCUUGUGGACCUCAGACAUCGGGACCUGGAAUGAGAAGAGGAUUCCACACCAGUAUAUACAGCGUGGAUAUCAGAUGGAGAUUGGAACCCAUAGAUCUGUGACUUUUGAAUCUGGAAACUAGUUGUUGGAAAUUACCUGUUCACUCGACUCUCUUUAGAAUGGUUUCUGUCUGAACAGGAUAUUUUUCUUGAAACCAUUUUUUUCAGCGUGGAGGCAGGGUAUCAACAGAGUGAGAAUUGUGGGUGUUCAACAGCUCUGUGAGUGCUUGACAAACUUUUUCUCUUUACUCCUGUGGAUAUUGUUUUGGAAUCAAACUCGGAGGGUGGUUCCAGGUCCGAGCCCCCAUCCUACACCACUGGGUCACCUAUCCUCAGCAGGGGACUGGUAGACAGAAAGAGGUGGAGAUAGUGUGUUGGACCAACUUCACCGGUUGGAGAGGACAUUUUUUCCUUCUUCCCUGUCCUGUACCUGGAUAGGACUUGAGAAACGAGAUGGGGGCUGCCUUCAAGAGGUUCUGUGCUCGGUUCUGUUGCUGCUGCUGCUUUAGCGAUGAUGAAAGUGAGGAGGAGAAGGAGCCUUUAAUCAGUCCUGACACUUUGGAGUACUUUGACCGUGAGGCGAAGAAGCGAAGGGAACAGGAACAGAACCUAUGGAGUGAGCCAGGCGACCCGAGCCACUCAGAGAGAGACGAUGACCGGAUCCUGUACAACCUCAUCCAGAACAGGAACCAGACACGCAGGGGCUCGCUGGCGCACCGGCGUCUGAGUGUGGACAUUGAGGGUAUGAGAGAUCUACGUCGGGAGGUCAGGGACAAGUGGAAGAUGAUCCUGGAGAAUUUAGGGUUCAUGGCGGAGGCGGAGUCUCUGCUGACGGUGUCUGCUAGUGCGUCGUAUGACCGUAUGAAGAACGCCUCGGCGUCACGUACACUACUGCACACGCUCCACUCUGAGACAUCUAUCUUCAACACCCGGGAGGCCCCACCUGAGAGAUACCUCUUCAUCCUGGAUCGUCUCAUAUACCUGGAUGCUGCUGAGGACUUCUUGGCGAAGGCUAGACGCUUCUACCCCAAGCGUGAUGCUGAUGAUGAAGAUGAGGACAACCCAUUAGCAGUCAACCUACCGUUGCUACUGGCCAGAGUGAACCGCACCAUGAACAGAGAAGGGAGCGAUGAUGAGGACGAGAGGCUGGAUGAGGAAGAUGGGAGCGGAAGAGAGGAGGACAACUUCUAGACGGAACAGGAGUUGCAAUGACAUCAGACAGUAGACAGGGGGCAAUAGUUAGUUGUUUAUGUUGCAGAGUUGGGAGUAUACAGUACUAGGAUGUCUGAUUCUGAAUAUACUCUGUUGAAAAUACUCUCUCAAUUUGCUCUAACACUAGGGGCUCUAUUCAAUCUGUGUUGCUGAAGUGUUACAGAUUGUGCGAUAGAAAUGUUAAGGUCAUUUCUGACUGAACCGACAUAUGCAGUGUUUACCGUGUAUGCAGUCCCUGCUAACACGGGAACAUUGCCUUUACAUUUCAAUUCCGCUGUAACGCUGCACUUCUGCGGUACAAAUUGAAUAGAGCCCUAGGUUUGAACAAAAAUAUACAGCUUUCUUUUCACCUCAUCAGAACCAUGAUCCAAUAUGAUUCUGUUUUUCUUAUUUUUCUGUUUAGGCAGACUUAGCUGGGUCUCAGGUAUAUUAGGGAGAGUUUUAGAGGUUAUCACCCUGCCAUUUUUUAUCCAUCAGAGAGUGUUAAGUUACCCAACUCCCUGGGUCUGUUCAUUAUUGGUCUCUGCCAGGGAACACAGUGGACACAGUUAACACAGCACUGAAACCCGUAGGGCACAGCUGUCCUGUUCCACAUCAGCACUUUGUCUCAUGAUUAUCAGCACUUGUUUUAUCUAGUCACAAGACAGUCUUUUAAAACCAGUAGUUAAGAUUACCUUGGAAUAAAUGUGUGUUAAACGAAUUAAA